AGCUAUCCGUCCAAGCCCGGUGUCCACCAGUCCAAAGCUGGCAUGUGGGCUUUCGCUGUACCACAAAAUGGAAAUGUCUUUGCGUCAGGUAUUGCUUCAAGUUCUGGAAUUGAGAUGCAUUCUAGUCGCCCAUCUAAGCCCCAGCAGCCACGUUACCCGUCCAAGCCCGUGCCCCAGCCCCAGCAGCCACGUUACCAGCCCCAGCAGCCGAGCUAUCCGUCCAAGCCCGUGCCCCAGCAGCCACGCUCCCUGUCAAAGACCAUGCCACAACCGAGCUACCCGUCCAAGCCCAUGCCCCAGCCACGCUACCAGCCCCAGCUGCCGAGCUAUCCCUCCUAUCCCAUGCCCCAGCUGCCGAGCUACCCGUCCAAGCCUGUGCCCCAGCAGCCACGUUACCAGCCCCAGCUGCCGAGCUAUCCCUCCUAUCCCAGGCCCCAGCUGCCGAGCUACCCGUCCAAGCCUGUGCCCCAGCAGCCACGUUACCAACCCCAGCAGCCGGGCUACCCG